GACGUAUCCAUAUGGUAUGUGGUUCGCUACUUAUCACAAUGGAUUUGCUAUUUCUCAAACAACAUCAUCUCAAAUUACAUUUUCAAAUGGAGACAAUGAUAGCACUGCUUCAUAUUACACUGCACCAACAAAUAUCGGAUCAGUGGUAUUUUCGGCCACAGUUUUUGAUGAAAAUGUUUCAAUGGAUGUUACCGAUUUGAAAGAUAUGUCAGUUUUAGUUACUUUAUUUAAAGAUUCUCUGGAUAAUGACGAAACAUCAGAUAAUUUUAUUGAUAUUCCGUUAGUUCAAGGGAUGGGAUUAAUCUCGGGCACUUAUAAUGGGAACUUAAUAACAAGAUUAAAGUCAUCAAUUGGCUUUUCUACAUUAGUAUUGGAGAGUUCAACAAGUUUAAAUUCAGAUACACUUAAAUACAAGGCUAGUUUAUUUGAUGGUGUUGAUUGGUUAAUUUAUGUUACAUUUCCUGAAUCGAGUUUAGAUUCAAUGGAUGAAUAUUCGUUGCAAGUUGAAAACAAUUAUGUUAUCGAGGGUAAUUUGGCUAUUGAUGGGCUACUCAUUCAAGUUGCAGUUUCGCCGGAUGAUUCUAGCUUAGAAACAUACUAUGAUCAGGCAGCAGGUAUAUAUACUACCAGCGCUUAUAUCACUGGAUCAGCUAGUUGUAAUUCUGCAACUUAUGCGAUAAACUAUGUUACUGAGGGAUCUAGCAUUUCUGGAAGCACUAUGGUUUUUGCGUUACCACAUCAUUUAGUUUCUUUAUCAGGCUCAACAUCCCAAUUUGCUACUGGUAUUUCAUUGGAUUCAACCACUAAAGGAAAGAUGUAUGGAUUCUUAAGCAAUUCAUUGAUAAUGAAUGAGGAUAUCACAGACGUUAAAAGAAUUAAUUUCUUGCCAAUUAACUCAACUAGUAAGGGAGAAAUUGAAUACACUGAAAAGCAACUUCAAUUAUUAGGAGAAGUGAUUAAUGAAGAAUUGUCAGUUGAUAUUUCUGGAGCGCUUAACGGAUUGAACACAUACUACAUUGGGAAAAUCAUUGAUAAGUAUGCAUAUAUCUUAUUGGUUAUUGAAAGUAUCGUUCAAGAUCAAGAGAUGAGUGAGUCUACAUUAAUCAGAAUGAAAGAAACAUUUGAUAUCAUAUUAAAAAAUGAACAAUUAUAUGCAUUAAUUUAUGAUACUAAAUUUGGUGGGAUUACAUCAUCAGGAGCAUUGGACAAUUAUGCAGACUCAACAGGAUUUGAUUUUGGAGCAUCAUUUUAUAAUGAUCACCAUUUUCAUUAUGGAUAUAUUAUUCAUGCUGCAGCUAUAAUUGGAUUUGUUGAUUACAAAGUUUAUGGAGAAAACAGUACAUGGGUAUCAGACAACAAAGACUACAUCAACUCGUUAAUCAGAGAUGUUUCUAAUUCUAAUAGGGACGACGAAUAUUUCCCAUUUUCCAGGAGUUUUGACUGGUUUCAAGGACAUUCUUGGGCAUCUGGAUUAUAUAGUUCAGGGUCAGGUAAGAACGAAGAAAGUACAUCAGAGGAUUACCAUUACUAUUAUGGAAUGAAAUUAUGGGGAAAAGUAACCGGAGAUGGGUCGUUAGAAAACAGAGGAAAUUUGAUAUUGUCAAUAAUGAGCAAAAGUAUUAAUUUAUAUUUUCUUUAUUCAUCUGAAAAUACAGUUCAGCCAUCGAAGAUUAUUGAAAAUAAAGUUGCAGGUAUCUUGUUUGAUCAAAAAAUUGAUUACACAACAUAUUUUGGUACUAAUACUGAGUAUAUUCAUGGAAUUCAUAUGUUGCCUAUCACACCAAUUUCCAGUAUAAUACGUAAAGAAAAUUUUGUUGGGGAAGAAUGGGAUAGCAAACUAGGCGGGAUCAUCGACAGUGUUGAAAGUGGGUGGACAGGUAUAUUAAGAUUGAAUCAAGCAUUGGUUAAUCCUCAAGAGAGUUACGAAUUCUUUUCACAAGAGGGAUUUGAUAGUGCAAAAUAUUUGGAUAAUGGACAGAGUAGAACAUGGGCAUUGGCGUUCAGUGGGGCAUUGGCCAAUCUUUGAUUUUCCAGCACUGAGUUUGCAUAUUUUUUUAUUUUAUUUUUUAUUUUUUAU